AUGACGAAGGGUACCUCCAGCUUCGGUAAGCGUCACAACAAGACGCACACCCUGUGCCGACGAUGCGGUCGCCGCUCUCUUCACGUUCAGAAGCAUGAGUGCUCUUCUUGCGGCUACCCUGCUGCCAAGAUCCGCAAGUACAACUGGUCCGAGAAGGCUAAGCGAAGAAAGACCGUCGGUACUGGCCGCACUCGCUACCUCAAGGAUGUGUCCCGACGAUUCAAGAACGGUUUCCAGACUGGUACCCCCAAGGGCGCUCGAGGCGCUACUGCCGAGAAGGCCUAA